AAGCUGUCAACUUGAGAUCAGUCUCUCUCCUUUCUUCACAGGUAGAGAUGUGGUCAAGGAUUCUUCUGAGUGUUCUGUCUUUGAACUGUUUUGCCAUAGUGUCUUCUGAAACACAGUAUGUGCUGCUGGUCCCAUCAGUUGUGCGGAGCGACUCUCCACAGGCUGCUUGUGUGCAGUUCCACAACCUCACUGAGCCUCUCUCCAUGAACAUUGUCCUGGAAUAUGGCAGUAUCCGAAAGACUCUCUUUGAGGAAUCUGUGAUAAAGAACGAUUUCUUCAAGUGUGGUGAAUUCAAGGUCCCACCAGCUACUUCUGAUCCUGUGGCAUUCAUUUCCUUCUCUGCCAAAGGCACCACAGUUGACUUAGCUGAGAGAAGAUCAGUGGCGAUUCAGAAUGUGGAUAAUGCUGUCUUCAUCCAGACGGACAAACCCAUUUACAAACCAGGGCAAACAGUGUUGUUCCGUGUAGUCGCUUUGGACACCCAGUUAAGACCUGUUCAGGAGACAUAUCCAAGAAUCAUCAUUGAGGAUCCAGAGCAAAACAAGAUCUUCCAGUGGUUGGAGGUAGCAUCUAAGCAUGGAAUUGUCCAGCUCUCCUUUCCACUAAUCCCAGAGCCUAUUCUGGGGUCUUACGACAUCAUUGUGGAGACAAAGUCAGGUGAAAAAGAGUAUCACUCCUUCAGAGUGGAGGAAUAUGUGCUCCCAAAAUUUAAAGUGACAACGGCUGGGCCAAAGAGGAUUUCUUUCUUUGAUGAAGACAUCAGUGUGAACGUUUGUGCUUCGUACACUUAUGGCCAACCAGUACAAGGGAAAGCCCAAAUCAAUGUGUGUCAGCAACGUUUUUAUGGUCCACAGUGUGAACAAAACCAGAAGAAAACCUGUGAAGCUGUCACUGGACUGCUGGGGAAGGAUGGCUGCCUCAACACUGUCAUCUCCAUCAAAAAAUUUCAGCUUUACCGCAGCUAUGCCAGGAUGUAUGCCAGCCUCAACAUAGAAAGCAUCGUCACUGAAAAUGGGACAGGUAUCCAGAUGAAGGACCAUGACUAUGUUGCAGUCAACAGUGAAAAUGACGAAGUGCUGUUCAAGAAUAUGGAUUCCUAUUACAAGAGGGGAAUUCCUUACUAUGGUGAAAUCACUGUGACAAAUGUGAAUGGUGAGCCUGCUGCCAACAAGACUGUCCUGCUGGAGCUCAAUGAAGAAUAUCUGGCCAACUAUACCACUAACAAAAAUGGCACUGCUGCUUUUUCUAUUGACACGUCCAACCUCUUUGAUCCCAGUUUUAGGCUGACAGUCAGACAGGCACCAGAUGACUGUGCAGACUUUAUCUGGGGGAGUCAUAAUGAGCCCCAAGCCUCAUUCUUUGUCCGGCGUUUCUACUCACGGACCAACAGCUUUUUGAAAAUUGAGCCAGUGCCAGAGAAGCUCAGCUGUGGCCAGCAGCGAACAAUCAACGUUCACUACGUCCUGAACAGAGAGGGCUACAGCAAUACCACGCACACAAACUUCUACUAUGUAGUGAUGACAAAAGGAAAAAUUACUCUCAGUGGCCAGAAGCAAGUCAGCAUUUCUGGUGCUUCCAGAGGUGUAUUCUCCAUCACACUGACUGUCACUGAGAAGCUUGCCCCCAGCGCCAGACUGCUGCUCUAUACAGUGCAUCCCCAUGGAGAGAUAGUGGCUGACAGCUCUUGGAUACACACUGAUGUAUGCUUCAAAAACAAGGUCCAGCUCAAGUUCUCUGAGAAGAAGAGUCUUCCAGGCUCUAAAGUUGGACUCCACCUUGAAGCUGCUGCCAACUCCUACUGUGCCCUGCGAGCAAUUCAGAGUGUCCUUCAUCAGUCUAGGCAAGAGUUUUCUGCUGAGAGUGUGUACUACCAACUUCGUGUGAGGGAUUUAUAUGGCUAUUACUACAAUGGGCUCAACCUUGAAGAUGUCAAGCCAGAGGGGUGUACCCCAACCAAAACCAUCUUUUUUGAUGGCUUGUACUUUGAACCUGUGAAUGUCAGUCGUGAUGGCGAUGUCUACAGCAUUUUCAAGAGUAUGGGUCUGAAAGUCUUCACCAACUCUGCGCUACGGAAGCCAGUUCUGUGCAAUGAAGAAAAAUUAGAUGUGGAAGAUUACCCUCACCUUUAUGGUGCCCACGCCAAUGCCAAGGUCUCAGACCAACUUCUAGAUGAGUCAAGGAUUGUUGGGGGUGGUGUUAGCAUUGUUCGGAAAUUCUUCCCUGAGACCUGGAUUUGGGAUCUGGUUCACACUGAUUCUAGAGGAGAGGUCAAUGCCAUUUACACCGUUCCUGACACCAUCACAGAAUGGAAAGCCAGUGCUUUCUGUGUGCAGGAUGAUGCUGGAUUCGGCAUCACCUCUCCUAUUUCACUGACAGCAUUCCAACCAUUCUUUGUGGAUCUCACCUUGCCAUACUCUGUCAUUCGAGGGGAAAAAUUUAAUUUAAUAGCCAACGUCUUCAACUACCUCAACAAGUGUGUCCAGAUCAGUGCCAUACUAGCAAAGUCAAGUGACUACAAGGCAAAAAUCCUUUCACCAGAGGGUAACACAGCAAGGGUGUGUGCCAAUGAAAGAAAAACCUAUAUUUGGGCUAUUAGCCCCCACAAACUCGGUGAUGUGAAAUUCGUGAUUACGGCUGAGGCCAAACUGAAUACCAGAGGUACUGAAAACAGCACAUCUUCAGAAGAGGAAACAAUUUACAGGGACACCUUGAUUCAAACCCUACUUGUUGAGCCUGAAGGUGUUAAAAAGGAGUUGACUCAGAGCUCCCUCGUCUGUGCAAAAGGCGUAAAGAUUUCUGAACCAGUGCCUCUCAGCUUGCCAAGAAACCUAGUGCAGGGAUCAGCCAGAGCUUAUUUUUCCGUCGUUGGAGACAUUUUGGGUACAGCCUUGAGGAACUUAGAUAACCUUCUCCAUAUGCCUUAUGGCUGUGGAGAACAGAACAUGGCCUUGUUCACACCCAACAUCUAUGCCCUGGAUUAUCUGAAUAAGACUGAGCAGCUGACUGAAGAGAUUAGAGUCAGGGGUACUGGAUAUUUAUCCACAGGUUAUCAAAAACAGCUGUCAUACAAACACCGGGAUGGAUCCUACAGCUCCUUUGGGAGACGAGAUAAGGAAGGGAGUGUAUGGCUCACUGCCUUUGUGUAUAAGUCAUUUGCACAAGCCAAACGCUACAUCUACAUUGAUGACAAUGUCCAGUCUCAAACUUUGAUCUGGCUGGCAAGCAAGCAGAAGUCGGAUGGCUGCUUUGAAAAUGCUGGGUCGCAUUUCAACAAUGCUUUGAAGGGUGGAGAAGAGGCUGAAUAUUCACUCACAGCCUACGUGGUGGCAGCAUUGCUGGAGGCUGGACACUCUGCUGCACAUCCUGUCAUUCAGAGCGGCAUGAACUGUUUGGAGACUGCAUUUGCCAAUGGGGUCCACAACCUGUAUAACCACGCCCUCUUUGCCUAUGCUUAUGGCUUAGCUGGCAAAGAGAAAAGACACCAGUUCUUCCUGGAGAAGCUGGACAAGACAGCUGUCAGAGAUGGUGGUUCAGUUCAUUGGCAGAGAGAAAAUAAGCCACCAGCAGAACACUUCCCUGACUUCUAUUCCCGUGCCCCUUCUGCUGAGAUUGAAAUUACCAGCUAUGUGCUCCUGGCUUUGCUCAACAGAAAAAAAUUUUCUCCAGAUGACUUGUCCCAUAUUUCCCGCAUUGUGUUUUGGCUUGUCAAACAACAGAACCCAUAUGGUGGUUUUUCCUCCAGCCAGGACACUGUUGUUGCUCUCCAAGCUUUAGCCCAGUACGGAUACCUCACUUUCUCAAAAACAAAUCUUAACACGGUCAAAGUCCACUCUAUGGAGUCCCCCAGUAGGAUUUUCCAGGUGAAUGACAAGAACCGCUUCUUACUGCAGCAGGCUUCCUUGCCUACUAUUCCGGGGAAUUACAGUGUGGAAGUGAAUGGCACUGGCUGUGUUUAUCUGCAGACCACUCUGAGAUACAACAUCCAUUUGCCAAAAAAAGUUGCAGGAUUUUCUCUCUCCAUAAGGACAGCAAAUGUAUCUUGCACAAGCAACUAUCCACCAAAGUUUGACCUUGUCCUCUUCGCCAGUUACACAGGAAAGCGUAAAGUCUCCAAUAUGGCUAUUGUUGAUGUGAAGAUGCUCUCAGGUUUUGUUCCUGUAGAAUCAUCCCUGAAAAAGCUUCAGGAUGAGAAUUCUGUUGUGGAUCGUGUAGACAUCAAGAACAACCACAUAUUCUUCUAUCUUCAGAAGGUUUCCCAGAAAGAAAUCAGCUUCUCCUUCAGUGUGGAGCAAAGCCUGCCUGUAUCAGAUAUCAAACCAGUGCCUGUACAUAUGUAUGAUUACUACGAAACAGAUGAAUAUGCCCUUUCAGAAUACAACACACCGUGCUCCCUGCCUUCCAACUGAAAUCAGAUAUGUGCCAGAAGACGUAACAAUUCAAAAAGUAUCAGGCAAGCAUUUAUAGAGGAAGAAGUGGAUAAGAGAUUUCGUUGUUUCUGGGAGUGCAAUGAAAAGCAGUAGAAUAAUAAGGAAUAAACAAAUCCCAUAUUGCAGUAGAUCAGAAUGGCCCAUUCUGGCCCACACUUCAAAAAGAACUUGGGGUCAGUGUGGAUUAAAAACUGCAGAUAAAGUGUUCUUCCUAACAAGGGAGAUACUGUGCAGUUGUUAACCCUGACCAUCCAUCUUCUUUGUAACUCAUGAUAUAUUCCAGUGGGAGCUUUAUGUAAAGGUAAACACCUGAAAUGUGUGUUCUUAGCCAUAGAAUCCUCUUAAGAAAUCCCAAUCUCAGAGAAUAAUCAGCUGUUGCUGCUUCUGUAGAUUUUGUUUUGGUCUUUACAUUAUCCAGAAGGAAAAUCCUGAAGAAAUUACUUUGAUCUUCACCUUUUUCAGCAACUGAACUGAAAAAUUUACAGAUGUCAGAAUUCUAGUCAAAGGACAACUUUUAUGUAGUUUUUGUCUCUAUUUAGAAAGAAAUGUUUUCUUUAGAUUCCCAUCUCAUAUUUUACUGCGCUUUGUAAUAAAAUAUUCUAA